GUGCUGAACCAGCCCCGCCUCAGAGCGCCGGGGCGGAGGAAGUGAUGGCUCGGCGGCGGAAGGGCCGGGGCGGGCCGGAGCCAGUGCGGUGCCGUGCGGCGCGGCGCGGUCCGGGCGGCGGCGGGGAUGGGCAAUGUGGCGGCGGGGCGCGGCCUGGGCGUGGGGCCGGCGGGGCGCGGGCACUGCCGUCCCCGGCCCCUCAGCGGGCGGGCCCCGCGCUGCUGCCGAGCAUAAGCGUCUGAUAAAAAAAGAUGCUAGAAAGAGAAUUAUCUGUAUCGAGGGCAACAUUGCCAGUGGAAAAACAACAUGCCUGGAUUAUUUUGCACAGACUACCAGCAUUGAGGUUUUGAAGGAACCCUUGACCAAGUGGAGGAAUGUUCGAGGUCAUAAUAUCCUGGUAAGUGGCAGAAAUUAUUCCUGCAGUUACAGUGACUGUUCUUUUAGCAAGACAUGUGUGAUGGCUUUUUAUCCAGCAAAACUGCUACAAAAGGGCUUAAUGUACCAGGAUGCAUCAAGGUGGGGGAUAACUCUGCAGACCUAUGUCCAGCUGACCAUGCUGGAGCAGCACACCCGGCCCAUGAUUUCCCCCAUAAGGAUGAUGGAGCGGUCAAUUCACAGUGCAAAACACAUUUUUGUGGAGAACCUCUAUCGAAGUGGAAAAAUGCCAGAGGUGGAUUAUGCUGUCCUGAGUGAAUGGUUUGACUGGAUCCAGAACAACACUGAUGUUUCAGUUGAUUUGAUAGUUUAUUUGCAGACAUCUCCUGAAGUUUGUUAUGAGAGGCUAAAGACACGGUGCAGGGAAGAGGAAAAAGUCAUUCCUCUGCUCUGCUGAAGAGGAGGGGAGCAGUUAUGAAUGAGCAAUGUGAAGUGAUCUCCAUGAAGAAAAAAGCCAGUUCAUGACAGGCAGGAGAGCUUUUAGAGGAAAUUGAGUUAUGAGAAAGUGAGCUGGGAAUUCUAGGGAAAUGUACUGACACAGAAAGUGCCUCCCAUGCAUAUUCUUUGCAGCCUUGCCCUUUUUGUCCUUACUUUGUUGUAUUUUUUUUCUGUAAAAUCUUGAACCACAUUUUACCUGUGGGAGAGAAUCGUGGUUGCUUGAUCUUAAAAGGAGCUGAGAGCCCUCUGCUCCUGUAAGCUGUUUCUUGAGGUCUUCCUGGAGUUAAACUUUGUACUUGGAAUUAAUUUUUCUCAAAAACCUUCUGAUGCUUUUUAUUUUUUGUUAGUGGAAGAUAUCUGUUGCAGGCUUUUAUAUGUGUCUUUUAACUGCUUCCCAAUGGAUAAAGAUUGCAAUGUGUGUGUGUCAUCCCUGGGCAUUUGUGUUAGUCCA